GUAGCUAAAACCAGGGUGCAAAAUCAGCGCUUACAUGGCGAUGCAUUUCCUUUUGUUCAGCUAGCGUAUGUGUAGAAAUGCAGAAGCCAAAUUCUGAGAAAUGUUGGUCAUUUAUAAUAAACAGUGGCUGAAAGGGUUCAUUAACGUCAGCUACUACCUGGUUCCAAUUUUAGACAUACUGUAACAUAACAAACAUUUCCGACGAUAUUCGACUCGUCAACAUUUAUUCAGCUAGCCUCGGUAAAGUUACACAUUUAUUGGCCGUAUAGUUAGCUGUAUAAAUAUAUGACCCGUAGUCUGUAUUAGCAUUGAGCUAGGUUAGUUAGCAUUAGCACUGGGCUUGUCGCAGUUAGGUUGUUUACAUCCGGUAAUGCGGUUCGGGUUGGCUAAUUUGCAUGGCUGUGGUUGAUUGAGCUCCGGGAUCAAGACCUGCGGGGGUUGUGAGAAUUUAUGGAAACAUGUCAAAGAAACGGGGCAGGAAGCGUAGCAGUGGAGAGCUGAGUGAGAGCUCUGCGUCGACCCUGAGCCCAGACCCUGACAACCUGCUGGGCCGCAGGAUCCAGCACACCUGGAGGGAGAAGGGUAUCGUGACCAAGUGGAAAGGCACCGUUCUGGAGCGUCUAACUGUCAACAGCUCCCUCUACAUGGUCAAAUAUGACGGCUUCGAUUGCGUCUACGGCAUUGAGCUGUUCAAGGACAACCGGGUGUCCAACCUGCAGGUGUUGUCAGAGAAAGUCGUGAAUAAUAAAAUCAAGGUGCCUCCUGGGGCAGAGGAGCUGGUGGGCCGAGCUGUGGAACAUCUGUUCGAGAAGGAGGAUGGUGAGAAAAAUGAGUGGCGAGGCAUGGUGCUUUCCCGAGCCCCCAUCAUGACCCACUGGUAUUACAUCACCUACGAGAAGGACCCAGUGCUGUAUAUGUACCAGCUGUGGGAUGAUUAUAAGGACGGAGAUCUACGUGUCCUGCCGGAGUCAGAGAACAAACACCUGCUGCCGGCAGACAGGAAGCCUGGUGAGGAGCCAGAGAGCCUUGUGGGUAAACAGGUGGAGUACGUCACAGAUAACGGUCUGAAGAGGACGGGAUUGGUCAUCUACCAGGUUCCAGCAAAGCCCACGGUAUAUUACAUCAAAUAUGACGAUGACGUUCACAUCCAUGUCUACGAUCUAGUGAAGACCACCUAGUACUGACUGUCCGGUUUCAACUUCAGAUGACGGCUCAUCUUUGUCCCGACCAGUCGUUACCUGUUAAAGUGUUAGAGAUUACAGUUCUUCUUCGGUGGGAGCCAUUUUCCCAAAGAUCAAAAGCCCCAUAUUCUUUUGCCUCCCGAGGCUUCUUUCAUUCUCACAUUACGAGACAUCUUGGUUUUUGAUUCUCAAUUUUAAGUUGACCUUAAUAUAUGACUAAUAGGUCCUCUUCAGUGUAAAUAAAGCAGAUCUGAGACCAGUUGUAUAGCCCAGAAAAUGACAUGGAGCUAGACGUUUGAUUUGUUCAAAUCACACUUGUAUAGUGCAACUUUCAAACUCCAAAAUUUCUUACCUUUACCUCUGUGUUUUACUCCUAUUUCAUUUCACUUUUAUAUGCCCGUGCUAUUUAUUUCAUCUGGAAUAUCUGGCUGUGCUGCUGGUAUCAUUUUGGCAAAACUCGUCUGCUGUGCUUUAUGUGUGUCACGGGGUAGGCCUCAGUUUGCUGAAUAUAUAAGUAAUAAUCAUUUGACCAGUGUGCUAAUUAUACCAUCACAGUGGACUCAGAUUUCAGUUGAAGUGUAUAGGCACUGAUGAGACUUGACUGUGUCUCACAUCAUGGAUAUAAAACACAGAUUAAUCUAAAAUGUCAUGUAUCAUAUUUCUUUUCAGUUUUUUACAUUAUAAUAAUAUAUGAAAAAUAAUGAUGUUGAUGUCACAUUGUUUCCGUGGUGUUUGUGCUACACACUAUUUAUGUAGUUCAAAUUGGCCACCAACAUUGUUUAGUAUUUUGGACUGAAUUCUUUAUUAUUUGCCAAAAAUUAAUGAUGUGAUAUGAUAUAUUCAGGCCUCAAAAUAUUGUUCCUUGUGACCCUAAAUAUGUUUUGUUCUGUAAAUAUAAUCUUGAGACAUUUUUAUGAACGUAAAACAAAGCUGCUUGAAAAUGA